AUGGAAGUGAUUCUUUCACGCUUUAUCUUGUCUAUUUUACUCUUAACACCGACAACUUCUGAACCAGUUUGUUCCAAAUUUGCCUAUGAGGAACAGCUGCUGGAGAAAAUGGUCAAAGUGGAAUUUAAUGUUGGACAGAUGGAAAAGGAAAUUAAGAAUACCAACAUUCUUGUUCUUGAAUCGUUACAGCAACUGAAACAAAAUUGGGAGAAGGUGACCGAUGAAUCCAAAGCGAUGGAAAUGAAAGCCAGAAAAGUGUUAAAUGAGAAUGAAGAAAAGAUAACGAAAGAAAUCGAUGAUCUUAGAGCAGGAAAGGCAAAAGCAGCGGAGGAAUAUGACGAAAAGAUAAUGCGAUUCCCUUCUUCACUUGAUCCAAAAGAGGAUAAAGUGUUUGUGUUCACCCAGAACAUUGUAAACAUUGGAAACGCCUAUGACAACGCCACAGGGGUAUUUACAGCUCCAAUAGAUGGAACAUAUCUUUUCACAACUCAAGUGUGUCUUAUGCGUGAAACAAGAAUCUCAUUCGGUAUUUAUAUUGAUGAUAAGUUAUACACUGUGGGAAGAUUCUCCGAAAAAAACAUUCACACUUGUUUUAUUGUUAAAACAACAGGUGUCAUGUUAGCAAACCAGAGGGCGUCUGUAAAAAGUUGGAGUGCGUCUUCAGGAAGUAAACUGUAUGAAGACACAAAACAUUGA